GCCCUCACGUCGGUUAGACUCUGCGUCCGGAAAAGGAUUUAUGAAGAGUGUUCUAUGGGCAAUUGAAAACCAGAGAGGCGCAUAGUGAGAGAUGCUAUUUUUAUUGUCAUCGUUUUAGGGAGAGAAAGUACGAACCGGCGUUCUAGUGCGUGCACAGCUAAGUUCAGCUAAGCUCAGAACUCGCAAAGUGUGAAACCUAUAAGUGGAAGUUAAACUUGUUCCUCUUUAUACCUUCCAAAGUGAGGAAAUCAAUACAUAUAUGGGUUCAUCAUCAGAACCAACCGCUGAGAGCAGCUAUAGCAAGCCCCUCGGGAUCCGAUUCUUAGAGAACAUCAAGGGAACCACACUUUCCUUCAAAACACACCAAGCAAUUGUUUUGAUUGUAACAUUUUUAGCAUAUGCGAGCUACCAUGCCACUCGAAAAACCACAAGCAUUGUCAAGAGCACCCUUGAUCCUCAGCCGUCAGAUUUGGGAGUGAAGUUCGUACCAUGGAGGACAUCUUACUUCAAGGAACCGGCUAAACGUUCCUGGAUGCUUGGGGAUGGUUGGGCUCCAUUUAAUGGAACGGAUGGGACUGCCUUGCUUGGAGAACUUGAUGUUGCUUUCCUCUCUGUUUAUGCUAUGGGAAUGUACUUCUCUGGACAUUUGGGUGAUAGAAUGAAUUUAAGGAUAUUCUUAACAAUUGGAAUGCUGGGAACUGGUUUGCUUACUUCCCUCUUUGGCGUUGGUUACUUGGGAAACAUACACAGUUUUUGGUACUUCUUGAUGGUCCAAAUGAUUGCUGGUUUGUUCCAAUCAACUGGAUGGCCUUCAGUGGUUGCAGUGCUAGGUAACUGGUUUGGGAAGAGCAAGAGGGGUCUAAUUAUGGGUAUAUGGAAUGCCCAUACUUCAAUUGGGAACAUUACAGGUUCUCUGGUUGCUUCUGCUUUAUUGAGCUAUGGAUGGGGUUGGUCAUUUGUUGUGCCCGGUCUCAUGAUUGCUUUUGUUGGUAUGGUGGUUUUUCUCAUUUUGCCUGUUAAUCCCGAGUCUGUCGGAGCUGAUAGAGAGGGUGACGACUUGCAUUCUCCCAAGAAAACUGGUGAGGGAGUUGCACAACCUUUAUUAAAUUCAGAGUCAGUGGUCAAAACGAAAGCUGUGGGCUUCAUAGAAGCGUGGAAAAUACCAGGAGUUGCUCCUUUCGCUCUUUGCCUCUUCUUUUCCAAAUUGGUUGCUUAUACGUUUCUCUACUGGCUUCCAUUCUACAUUAGUCACACAGCUAUUGAUGGCAAAUAUUUAUCUAGCACAACAGCUGGAAACUUGUCGACAUUGUUUGAUGUUGGUGGUGUGCUUGGAGGAAUUCUUGCCGGCCACAUAUCUGAUCGUUUAGAUGCCAGAGCAAUAACAGCAGCAAGUUUCAUGUAUUGCGCUAUCCCUUCUCUGUUCUUCUAUCGAAUCUACGGACACGUUUCCUUGACCAUAAAUAUUGCUCUUAUGUUCAUCACGGGCAUGUUUGUGAAUGGACCAUAUGCUCUUAUAACAACAGCCGUUUCAACUGACUUGGGUACUCAUAGUUCAUUGGAAGGGAACUCCCGAGCACUGGCAACAGUGACAGCAAUUAUAGAUGGUACAGGCUCUGUUGGAGCUGCCAUUGGACCCCUAUUAACAGGUUAUAUUUCUUCUACUAGCUGGAAUGAAGUUUUCACAAUGUUGAUGGGGGCAGCUCUAAUUGCGGGGCUGCUUCUAACCAGGCUUGUUGUAGCCGAGGUGGCUGCAAAGAUCGAGGAUUCAAAGCCACAAGGAGUGCCUACAUCCAGACCUGCACUUGAAGUGUGACAUUUUAGAGGUUACAGUGGCUCAUUUAAGCUGCCAGUGGGUGAUUUCCUCUGCAGAGUUCAUAAGCUUAGUCCACGGUGUCCAUUGUAUGCCAAUGAAGAUCCUCUAUUAUGGUCAAAACAAGAAGAGGGUGUUUUUCAACCUUCUCCAUUGUUUCGUUUGGAACAUAAGAGCGGAAGUUCGAGGAA